AUGGACGUUGGUGCCCAUUGCUCCAUGCCUGCAUGUCAUCAGCAGGAUUUCUUGCCGUUCAAGUGUGACUGUUGUAGUGGCAUCUUUUGCCUUGAUCAUCGUAGCUAUGACACGCACGAGUGUUCUAAAGCAGGCAGCCGUGACCGUCGUGUUGUUCAAUGUCCCGUGUGCAAACAGAUGAUCCAUUGGACAGCUGAACAGGAAGUUAAUGCUGUCUGGGAGGAGCAUGUACGUGUGGGCCAGUGUACGCGUGAAAAGUUCAAGCAGCAACAGCUGAGACUGCAAAACAAGCCCAAGAAAAAACGUUGCGCCGCUGAUGGCUGUCGAGAGUCGCUGCUUGUAUCGAAUCAAUUUCAUUGCAAAAAGUGUGCACACGAUGUAUGUUUGAAGCACAGAUUUGAGCCAGAUCAUGACUGCGAGAGGAAGCGUAAGAACCAACGACAGCAGUGGCUAGGAGGAUUGAAGACCAGCAGUACGAGUGCAGCUAUUCCGAAGCAAUUGUCGAAUUUUCAAAAAAAUGCGCAGACUGCCGCAUCUUCUGUAGUUACUGGAACCAAGACAGCAGUCUCUUCAAUCGUGCAAAAGGUCACUACGACCUCCGAGGAAUGCCCCAUGUGUCAGCAAAAGUUUGCGUAUGUGAGCCAGCUGAUUGCGCACGUGAAUCAUGCUCAUCCGGAAACGUCAAAUAUCCGAGGGACAACUAAUAUUACUACACAGACAGCUGCGAGCUCUGUUCCUGAUCAUAGCGAAGUAUGUCCUCAGUGCCACGCAAUCUUUCCUACCUUGAUUGCUCUUAUCCAACAUGCAGAGACAGCCCAUACAGGAGCUGUCGUUUCAGGACGUGAUGGUAGCACAGGUGGAGGGGAUCGAGACAAAUGUAGUGUCAUGUAG